AUCUACAAUAAAUCAUAGACGGAAAUCUUGAAUAAAAUAUCAGACAUUUGAGAUCGAAAUUUUAAGUCAUGUAAAAUUAUGGUUAAAUUAUAAGUUCUCAAAAAAGGACCAAAAAAAUAUGAAAAUUUGGCGAUCCUUUCUCAGCGUGGGCCGUUUGGGUGGGCGGCAUUUGAUGGAAGCGCCCCUAACGACAUUAUGCGAAAAAUUCUAUGGUCGUCAUGUCAAAAGAAAAUACAGCACCUGUCCUGCCGGGAUGAAGGUCACCAUCUGCGGUGCUGCCGGCUGCACAGGUCAGCCGUUAGCCCUUCUAUUGAAACAGUGUCCUCUACUGGAUGAGAUAGCCCUGUACGACAUGUGCGCCACUUGUGGGUACGGCAUGGAGCUGAGCCAUGUCGACACCAAGUGCAAGGUCUCCUCAUUCUCUGGUCGGCAUAUGCUCUGCGAUGCGCUGCAAAAUGCAAAGAUAGUUAUCCUCGUGGCUCGGAACCAAGUGGACACGUUCGAACAAAGCGCUCCGGUUGUGUCUGAAAUAGCGCUACAGAUUUGUAAUACAUGUCCAUCGGCAUUUACAAUCGUGGCCACAGAGCCAGUGGAGAGCAUGGUGCCGCUCGUGGCGGAGAUCCAGCGCCUCCGCGGGGUCUACAACCCUCGCUCACUCCUCGGCUGCGUGGAGCUGAACUGCGUGAGGGCCAACACUGUACUGGCGGACUUUCUUCGGGUCCCCCCCGAAGCCGUGCGGGUCCCAGUCAUCGGCGGCGCCACGCCCUGCACUAUGGUGCCAGUACUAUCCGCCGCCGUACAUCCUUGCGUUAUGACACAAGAACAGAUUGAAUGCGUAACUUCAUGCAUUAUGAGUGGUAACGAGGCGGUGUGUGCGGCUAAAGGCUGCUGCACAGCCACGGCCUGCCUCGCCGGAGCGUACUCUAUCGCCCGAAACACCAUCAACGUGGUAAAAGCACUGCAGGGUAAGAAGAUCACGCAGUGCGCUUACGUGGACAGUCUCAGCACUUGUGCGCCCGACUGCCAGUUCUUUGCCAGCGAUGUGAUACUUGGUCCGUCGGGCAUCGAAAAAAACUUGGGUAUACCGGAGCUUUCCAAAUUCGAGAAUUGUCUUCUGUGUAACUGCCUCCCCUACAUCAGGAAUGAGAUAGCUCGAGCUGUGUGGCUGGUGUACACGAUGUGCCAGCAGUGCGCGUGCGCGAAGUGUUGCGCGCACCCGUGCACGUGCUACACGCCGCCGGUCGUGCCGUGCGUGCCGCCCACCACAUGGACCUGCGACUGUCCUGACGCCUGCAGGGAUGAGUAUCUUGCCUCGAUAUGUCGGGACAUGACAUGCAAGUGCGGCGGCACGGACCUGUGUUGGCGGCCGCGCGAGGUGGACUACGACGCAGCGCGCGCGGCCAACCUCACGCACCAGAUCCCGUCCAAGGGGCCCCCCUGCGGCCUGCCGCGGGUGCCGCGCUCCGUGCGCAUCGAGCAGGAGAUACGGCAGAAGGCGCGAGACUCGCAACACACCAACUUAUAGACGCAGCGAUCUUAGACUCUGAUAAACCGCUCUACUUGCUAAAGCGACCAGCCUCUUUAGCCAACUGAUAUUUCUACCACGGUUAACUUCAAUAGAAAACUUUCGGAAAUACGAAACGUCAUUUCCAUUGAGACACACACAUUUGAGUGUUAUUUAUUGAAGCCCACAAUUGUAGAAAUGUUAUUUGGCUAAAAGGGCAGCCUUCAAGUGCUAAGUCUGGAUAUCUUUGUACUGAUGAGCGGAGGAGCUAAGCCGUUCCUAAUAUGUCGUGACGAUUUAAUUAUUGUUGAACGACUGUCGUCGUUACUUCCCAUUAUAUUGAUUUCGGUUGAACGAUUGACGUUUAUAUUCAAUAAUCUGUCUUGCUUAUAUGUGGACAUGCCUAUGUACAUAGGAGCAGAAGCCAACGACGACUUGAACGAUACGGUAUCUAUCGCCACGACGUGUUAGGAACGCGUCCAUCACGGAGGACGUUUUUCAGAGUUUUAUAAAUCAUUCAAAGAACAGUUUAAAGUAUACGUCCUAUAUAUGUUUGUGGUAAAAUAUUGUCUAUAGGUAGUGAUUGGUCAAACCAUGUGGAAUAUGGCAGUUAAAGAGUAAGGUGUCUUAGAGUGAGGAGCCUUAUUUAAAAAAACAGUCUUGUCGCCGUGUGGCAUUUGUCGUCAGAGUAAGUUUUAUAGCAAAACUUAAAAGGGAUGGACGGUUGUGUCAUGUUGUCGCAGGCGACGUCCUACAACUGCCGCCGCAUAUUCUUGUCAUCAUUUAUAUUUAGCGACAAAAAAUGACGAUCUUCUUCAACAUCAUCAUACAAAAUAGGCACAGGAUUCUUAUUUUAAUAUGUAGAUAUCAAUUUGUAAAUUUGUAGUGAAGUUUUAUAAAAGUAUUUAGGAUAAAAUUUAACCAUAAAAAAGUUGAUUGUCAAAAUAAAUUGUUAAGAAGCCAUUGUCAGUUUUAUGUGACUUCAAAAGUGUGAUAGCUAUAAAUUAGCCGUGUAUAAUGUCGUUCAAGACCAGAAAGGUGCAUUACUAGUUUAGUCCUUUUAAGCAAAUGUAAUCACAAUCUUGUUUUAGGUCUAAACUGUUUAUUUAUAAAUGAUUUUUAAGUAAUAAAAACAUGAUAUACACAAAAACAAA